AUGGAAGAGGACAAUCAGACUUCUCCCAUGCUUGGGUUCAUUAUCCUGGGCCUUUCAACCCAUCCAAAGUUGGAGAAACCUUUCUUUGUGCUCAUCCUGAUGAUGUACCUGAUGGUCCUUCUGGGAAAUGGGAUCCUUAUUCUGGUAACCAUCCUUGAUUCCCGUCUACACACACCCAUGUACUUCUUCCUGGGGAACCUCUCCUUCCUGGACAUCUGCUAUACCACCUCCUCUGUUCCAUUGAUCUUGGAUGGUUUCUUGACUUCUCACAAGACUGUCCCCUUUUCAGCAUGUGCCAUGCAGAUGUUCCUCUCGUUUGCCACAGGAUGCACGGAGUGUGUGCUCUUGAGCAUGAUGGCAUUUGACCGCUAUGUGGCCAUCUGCAACCCCCUGAGAUACCCUGUGAUCAUGAGCAAGGCUGCGUAUGUACCCAUGGCAGCUGGCUCCUGGGCUCUUGGCAGUGCUGCAUCUGUGGUGCAUACAUCACUGGUAAUUCAGCUGCCCUUUUGUGGGGACAAUAUAAUUGACCACUUUGCCUGUGAACUCCUGGCAGUUCUGAGGUUGGCUUGUACUGACAUCUCCAUUAUUGUCAUUAGCCUGGGUGUGAACAAUGUGAUCUUUCUAGUAGUCCCAGUCCUGUUCAUCUUUAUUUCUUAUGUCUUCAUCAUCAUUACCAUCCUGAGGAUCCCUUCAGCUGAAGGAAGAAAAAAGGCCUUCUCUACCUGCUCGGCACACCUCACUGUGGUCAUGAUCUUCUAUGGAACCUUAUUUUUUAUGUAUGGGAAGCCCAAGUCUAAGAACUCACAGGAAGGAGGCAAGGAAGACCUUUCAGACAAGCUCAUUCCCUUGUUCUAUGGGGUGGUGACCCCCAUGCUUAACCCCAUCAUUUAUAGCCUGAGAAACAAGGAUGUGAAGGGUGCUGUAAGGAACCUGGUGAGUCAAAAAUGCUUUUUCCAGUGA